UUUAACAGUCAAAACCAUCCUCACUUACAUCUCUUUUCUCUGUGCAGGGAAGUAAGAACAACCAUCAUGGCUGGCAUUUUUGGAGACCUUACAAAGAUCGAGACGACUGGAGCAUCGGAAAAAACAGCGAGGCAGGACAAACUCACUAUCAAAGGGGUGGAAGCUUCAAAUAAACUGGCUGAGAAUGAUCUGAAGAGGAUGGAGCAGUACAAGAACAUGAUUGUGAAAGUUGGCAGAGCUAAGCAGAUGGACCCAGCUGUCAUCGCAGGCAUCAUAUCUAGAGAGUCAAGGGCUGGGUCAAUUCUGCAGAAUGGCUAUGGAGACCAUGGCAAUGGUUUUGGACUCAUGCAGGUUGAUAAGAACAACCACAAAGAUCUAAAGGGAGCCUGGAACAGUGAGGAGCACCUCAUCCAAGGCACCGAAAUUCUAAUAGAAUUCAUUAAAGCAAUUCAAAAGAAAUUCCCCAGCUGGCCCAAGGAGCACCAAUUUAAAGGUGGAAUCGCAGCCUACAACAUGGGGCCUGGUAAUGUCCGCACGUAUGAGCGCAUGGACAUCGGCAGCCGAGGAGAUGAUUAUUCCAAUGAUGUGGUGGCCCGGGCUCAGUGGUUUAAACGCAAAGGUUACUGAGCAAUAUUGGGUUUGUCAAUCCCAUUUGUAAUCAUUAAUGAUUAAUGAAUUACUGAAAUGAAAUGACAUAUUUGGAAUUAUGCCAUGAAACAUGUUUUAAAAAAUGCUUAACAAUUGUAGUUUCUACAAUGAGGCUCUUUUUUUAAGUCCGUUAAUAGGCUCAGCUCAACAGUAUUUCUCUUAACCUCUGCAAGAAAGCAUCUUGUUUGGGGAAACAUUUUAUUAUAACUAAAAUGAUACCGCUUUUAAUUUCUUUAAGCUAAUAUAUUUACAUUAGUAUUCAGAAAGAAAUGUAAUAAUAAGUCUUUAUUAAAAUUCAAGGCAUGAACACAAA